AUGUCUCUGGCCCCGUCCAUCCCUUCUAUCAAGGUGAAGGUGGGGGCCGUCUCGGUCGCACCCCCGCACCGCGCAUGCCGGUCCUUCGCGGUGAUCAGGAGCUCCAAGGCGGAGGGCCCCAUUCGGAGACCUGCGGCGCCUCCGCUGUCGCCACCACCACCGAUGCCACCAAAGACGCCGGCUCUGUCCACUCCCACCCUGUCGCAGCCUCCGACGCCCGUGAAGCCCGCUGCUCCACCCACGUCGCCGCAGCCGACACCACCGUCUCCUGAGCCGAAGCCAGCUGAGGCCACAGCCCCGGCGGCAGCGCUGCAGAGGCCGGUGGCUGGGGCUGUGACGCUGGAGUACCAGAGGAAGGUGGCCAAGGACCUGCAGGAGUACUUCAAGAAGAAGAAGCUGGAGGAGGCCGACCAGGGCCCGUUCUUUGGGUUCUUGCCCAAGAAUGAGAUUUCCAACGGAAGGUGGGCCAUGUUUGGAUUUGCAGUAGGGAUGCUAACAGAGUACGCAACAGGCUCGGAUUUUGUUCAGCAAAUGAAGAUCCUUCUCUCCAAUUUUGGAAUUGUGGACUUGGAUUAA